UUCAUAACCAUCUUCUGCUAUUCCAGUAUUGGGGAAGAACAUGGCUUUGCCAAUGGCAUCAACACCAACACUUUCCAAAGUUUGUCUCACUGUUUUGUUUCUUUUCCUUUCAAUUUCUUCUUCUGCAAUCUCUCAUGGCCUCAACCAUAACCCUGCCAACGCAUCAUACUUACACUCAAAUGCACAAAAACUCAUUAGAAGCCUUAACCUAUUCCCAGAGGAAUCAAUUAACAUCAUAGAAGAUGAUCAUGCUGGUUUUGUCCCUGGCCAGAUCGUCGAGAAGAAGUUCUCGUUUCUUGGUCGUUCUGGGCCUCCUGUUGAAAACCUUGGUCACCAUGCAGGCUACUAUUCACUUCCUCAUUCCAAAGCUGCAAGAAUGUUCUACUUUUUCUUUGAAUCACGAAAGAACAAGAAUGAUCCUGUUGUGAUAUGGUUGACCGGAGGACCAGGAUGUGGAAGUGAAUUAGCUAUGUUCUACGAAAAUGGUCCUUUUCAUAUUACCAAGAACUUGUCUCUUACAUGGAAUGAUUAUGGCUGGGAUCUGGCAUCAAAUAUUAUAUUUGUUGACCAACCAACUGGGACAGGUUUUAGUUACUCUUCUGACGACAGCGACAUUCGACACGAUGAAGCCGGCGUUAGCAAUGAUUUAUACGAUUUCUUGCAGGAGUUUUUCAAGGCGCAUCGUAAUUUCGUUAAGAACGACUUCUACAUCUUUGGUGAAUCAUAUGCUGGACACUACGUUCCUGCACUUGCAUCUCAGAUUAACCGUGCAAAUAAACAAAAACGAGGAAUUCAUAUAAACCUCAAGGGUCUUGCUAUCGGUAACGGGUUUACAAAUCCUGCAAUUCAAUACGCAGCAUUCCCAGAUUUUGCAUUACAAAGCAGAAUAAUUACAGAAGCUCAGUACGACGACGUGAGAAAGUUAGUCCCACUCUGUGAACGAUCCAUUAAAAAUUGCGGUGAAGAGAGUUGCCCCGAAGCGUUAGAUAUUUGUGAAGGCAUUUUCGGUCGGAUAAUGUUUUUUGCCGGCCACAUUAAUUACUAUGACAUCAGAAAGAAGUGUGGUGGGGGGAAUAUGUGCUACAACUUCGCAAACGUGGAGAUGUUGCUAAACAUGGUGAAAGUGAAGAGUGGUUUAGGUGUGAAGGAUGGGUUCAGGUAUAACUUAUGCAGUGUGAAAGUUCAAGCGGCUAUGUUGCGAGACAUGCUGAGAAACCUGGAUGUGGGAAUUCCUGGUCUUCUUGAGGAUGGAAUAAAGGUGCUGGUGUAUGCUGGGGUAAAAGAUCUGAUAUGCAAUUGGCUUGGGAAUUCAAGGUGGGUUGAUGGCAUGAAGUGGUCAGGGCAGAAGGGUUUUGGAAAAUCUCCUGUUCGGAUAUUCAUGGUUGAUGGUGAACUAGCAGGUUCUCUUAGAAGCCAUGGACCUCUCUCUUUCCUCAAGGUAUAUGAGGCUGGCCACUUGGUCCCUAUGGAUCAACCAAAAGUUUCACUUCAGAUGUUCAAACGUUGGAUGGGAGGGAAAAUGACCUAAACAAAAAGGAGAUAAUUAAACAUAAACCAAACACCGUGUAACAAUCACAAUUAUUUUGGGUACAAUUUGAAUAAAAUUAUACAACUUUUCUGAAUAAAUAUUAUAUGAUUCACCCAGGGGCCACACCCUCUA